UAACCAUGUAGAAUCUUGUCUCUUCCCCUAAAACUACGUCUAAUUUAAUGCUACAUUUUCCGAUCUUACUGUAUAGUGUAGAGGCCUGGACGCUGACGGAGACGCUCACGAGAAAACUAGAAGCAUUCGAAAUGUGGGGGUACCGACGCAUUCUUCGUAUAUCCUGGACCGAACAUGUCACCAACAUAGAGGUAUUUCAAAGAAUCGGAAAGGAGACAAACAUUGCGAAUACAAUUAAACAAAGAAAGCUUGAAUAUCUUGGCCACAUAUUGAGACACGAUAAGUACCGUCUACUGCAAUUGAUUGUCCAGGGAAAAAUAGACAGUAAACGAGGGCCAGGCAGAAGAAGAUACUCGUGGCUCCAAAAUCUGCGGAAGUGGUUCGGGCUCACUUCGUUCGAACUGCUCAGAAGCGCCGCAAACAAGAUCAGAAUUGCCAUGUUAAUAGACAACGUUUGCAACGGACAGGGCACUUGAAGAAGAAGAAGAAGAAGGUUAUUUAGAAUUAUUAAUUUUUCAGAUAGGACUUUUUUACUUUAAAUAUAAAUGACAAUUAAAAUUGUACUAACUGCAUUUAUUCAUUAAAUAAGUUUAUUAAAAAAAGGCAAGGCUGUUACAUAUUUUUUUUCCAAAAAGUAAGUACAUUAAAAAAAAUUUAAUCAAAUUACAAGUUAUCCUUAACGACGAAUUCUAACACUGGCAUAUUUUUCCAAAACAUAAUCCUAUUUUAGGUAAUAUUGGGCGUAGUUUAUUUAGCAAAAUUUAUUUUCUCUUUAUGUCAAUACCUUAAACGUUGUUAUGCAUAUUGGGUUUGCGUAUGUCUGUCUUGAAAGAU